UUACGUGAGGUUAGCUAUCUUAAUGUGUAGAGAACCGAUUUAAUUCAUCGGCCAUGAUUUGUGGAGAAGAUGAAGACGACCCGUUCCCAGUUGACGAUGGUCUGUUCGCCGAAACAUUUUAUCAAGAGACCGUAUACAAAUUAGUGGGCGAGGAGCUGAAGAUCAGACAGCUGUUCGGUGCCAACCUCGGCGUGGCUGCGCCGGUGUGGGAAGCUGCACUACACCUGUGUUGUCACCUCGGGGAGCAGGCGGUGGAGCUGAGAGGAAAGCGCAUCAUCGAGCUGGGAGCAGGGACUGGUGUGGUCGGGAUCUUGGCAGCACGCCUCGGUGCAGUUGUGACCCUCACAGACCUUCCUCUGGCUCUCCCACAACUUCAGGCCAAUGUCUCUGCUAACAUGCCAUCCAGCGGUUGGCCUGCUGCCCUUCCCAUCGUCCUCCCUCUGUCCUGGGGUGAAGACCACAUGAACUUCCUUCCUGACUGGGAUCUGGUGCUUUGUGCAGAUAUAAUUUACCUCCCAGAGACUUACCCACUGCUGGUGGAGACGUUAACCCAUUUGUGCAAGAAUGGAGCUGUGGUGUAUCUCUCCUCCAAAAUGCGAGAAGAGCAUGAGACACCACGUUUCUAUGAGGAAUGUCUGCCAAGCAGAUUUAAUGUGGAGCUCGUGAGCCGCGAUGAUAAACAAAACAUAAAUAUCUACAGGGCGUCUCCAAGGAAAGGCCAGUGACAGCAGGGACAAUCUGCAACACGUCUGGGACUUGCAUUAGUUACUUUAUGACUCUGGCUCUCUUGGGUGCGUUUUUAAAAUAUAUUUAAAGGAAAAAAACACUGAAAGCAGAAUAAAAUAAAACAUAGCUGACCUUUCAAAUAAAGUGGUACUUUUAUGUCUAUAUUUAUAUGGCUGCUAUAUUGACUAUUUUCAGGCACUUGAGAAAUCUUUUA